GGGCUGCCCUUGUUUCAUCUGUUUCAAUGUCCCAAGUCGAUGAAAAUACGGCUUUUUAGGAUGUUGUAAUAGGUCUUUUUAUUUAUCAUUUUACACAUAGACAUUAAACAAACCAGGAUAGUUAAGUGAAGUGCAGUGCAAAAACUGUCCUCGGAAUUGUUAAAGACUGCCCUCCUCGGAAUCGUGUCAUCGUGUCACUGACAUUUCACAACAACAAGCAGACGAAGUUUCGUCUACGACUCUGAUAUUAGAUUUUGGUAGGCCUACGGUGUCCUAUGUGGCUUAAAAGAAAUCGAAUUUGGAAUCACCGCACCUAGACAUAUGCCUAAAAAUGGACCACCGAAGUGAAAAUAGUGGUGAGGUUGACCUCAGCGAUAAUAAAUCCUCGCCUGAUGAGAGUGAGGAGGAGGCCACAGACUUCGAGCGCCCUUCCACGGAUAGGAAAUCCGACGUCAGUAGGCCUACAGGUAGGCCUAUUGUUAAGUCGAAAUCGACUUCUAACAGCAAGAGAAACGACGUUAACUCCACCUCUGAGGAGAAGGACGAAGAUACUAAGGGUGACAAGUCGUCGUCCUCCGACGGGAGAGCGAAGUCAAACGGCGACGCAUCGUCAUCCAAUGACGAGAAUAAUAGUAGUAAUAGGCCUCCCAGGCCUAACAAGAAUUCCGACGAUGAGAAAUCGAGCGACGCCAAAAGAUCCUCCGAAAGGAAGGUCAGGUUCAAGGACGGCAAACCACCUGCCGACGGGAAAGUCAAGUACGGCGAGUUCCUGGGACCGUCCCAGUCUAAAACGAAAUUGGUCCGCCUGAGGAAAGUUUCAGAUAGUUCUUUGUUUUGGUGGCUUUUAGCGAUUGCUCGUCUGUAUUUGGCAAGUGUUCAGACAGGUUACAUACAUCCAGAUGAAUUUCAUCAAAGUGUCCAAGUUAUGGCAGGUGACAUCCUGGACAUUGAAGCACCAAAGCCAUGGGAAUUUCAUACUUCAGCCCCUAUUCGCUCAAUUACAUUUUCUGCUGUGGUGUCUCUACCUUACGUCAUUUUACGGUACUUGGCUCCUCUUGUUAGCUAUUAUUUCGAUGUAGAACUUUUAACACCUCAAGUGUUGCUUGUAGCUCCUAGGGUUUUUAUGACACUGUUGUCUUUCAUUGCAGACUAUUGUAUUUAUAGAAUUGCCUGUAUGUGCUAUCUUAGACCAUGGAGUUGUGUGGAAAUUUUUGCAAGCUCAUAUGUUAUGCUUGUUUAUGGCACAAGGACUUUUUCAAACACAAUUGAACUUAUCCUCAUGGCCAUCCUGUUAUGGCGUGUAUGUGAAUCUUUAGUUGACAGCACCAAAAUCAUGAGGAAGGAAAGUAUACUGCAAGAUCUAUAUGAGGCAUCUGACACUGUCAAAGCCAAGGUGAAAUUCGCUCGCAUGAAGAGCAAAUUACCACCAUACAAUUAUGUAGAUAGUGCCAUCAUAUCUGUAGUUGUUACAUACGGUACCUUUGUUCGUCCAACAUUUCUAAUAUACUCAUUUGUACCAGUUUCCUACUGGCUGCAGAGAGGAGUAGUUACUAAAGAAGUGGAUUUUUCUUAUUUCCACUUGAGAUGCCUGAGCCUUCUCCCAGGUGUGUUUAUAACUUUUGUGACAUGCGUAUUGGCAGAUUCUUUUUAUUAUGAAUCGGUGUCCUUUGAAGAGCUUGUCUACUGGAAUGUUACAGCCCAUUCUUUUAUUGUAACUCCAGUAAACUUUUUCCUCUAUAAUUCCAAGACAGCAAACCUCAUGAAUCACGGCAUACAUCCGUAUUAUCUGCAUUUAGCAGUUAACAUUCCAAUACUUCAUGGAGUUCUUGGUAUUCUUGGUCUCUGGACUGUGUCGAAAUAUGUGACUAGUUUUAUUUCAAAUGACAUCGUGAGGAAACCCAAGGUUUUCAGCAUGGCAACAAUGCUCUUAAUAAGUUUUAUCAUGCCAGUAAUCUUCCUUUCAACAUUCCCUCAUCAGGAACCACGUUUCCUCCUUCCAACUCUGCUUCCUCUGGUCAUUCUCCAUUCUGACAACAUUCAGCUGUACUCUAAAAACAAAAGGAAAUUUACAGGUCACGUACCCUUUGUUAUGUGGCACGUGUGGAAUAUUUUCUGUGUGGUAAUUUUUGGGUUCCUCCAUCAAGGAGGUGUAACAAAAACCAUGAUCAGUGUUUAUGAGCACAUUGCAAGACAGCCUCCAGAUACGAAUGUGCAUAUUGUCUUUGCCAAUAUGUAUAGCCCACCGACAUUUCUUUUAAUGAGAAAAAUGAAAGUUAUAGCCACAACUGAGGAUGGCCACCGAUAUCGUAGAGCAAAGUCUGUAUUUACCUAUGAUGCGGGAGGAUCAAAACCUGUGGAAUUUUUAUAUGAUUUUACGGGAUCAGUGUAUUUACAAGCUACAGCUAAUUCUACAACCAAAAUGGAUAUUCUCAUUUGCCUUCCUGCUAGCCUUACUGAUGAACUAAUUGAGACAAAGCCAGAAAAUGUAACUCUCCACAGAAUUAAGCGCGUUCCAGGUCACCUUACCUUAGAAAACCCACCCAAUCUAAAUUUGGAGGGAGUGAAGUUGACUAAAUCUUGUGGAAAAGCAUGCCAGAUUUUGCAUCGCCUCGGCCAAUUUAGCAUUGACAUUUUGGAAAUCAAGUUUGGUGAGGAUUAUGUAAAUGAACUAAGAAAUGCAAGGGAAGAAGCAAAACAAAGUUAUUUUGAUGAUGAUGAGGAAAAUGAGAUUGAUACAUCUUAGCACAUCUGUGGCCUUGUAAGAGUUUUCUGCAAACAUUGUGAUAAUGUAACAAACCCAUAUUCAUACUGAACAAAACACACUGACAUGUGAUUAUGUAUGAAAAGUGCUUUACUUUAGUUGCAAUCAUCAAAUUUUUCAUUUUUCAAACUUGCUUAUGCUUUGAAAUAUUUAUUUCAUCAUCCACCUACUUAUAGAGCACGUAUUCACAGUUACUUGUAUAUACAUAUAAUAUGUGAGUACAUACUUGUAAAAGUGCAUUUUGUGAUAAGAAAGUUUUGAAGACCUCAUGAAGUGGCUUCAAUUUGAUUUUAGUCAGGUUUCAUUCUGGAAUUGAUGCAACACUUACACAGAUGGCUCUUUCUGAUAAGUAAGGCCUUGAGUGCUUCAGGUAUGGAUAUUAAGUAAUGUACACUGUAAUGUUUAGCCAUGUACGUGUAGACUUGUGAGAAAAGGCUGGCGUAAACAUUAUUUAUAUGUACAUUGUAAUCAAAGUAUGAAUUGAUGAUGAGAAUGUGUCUUUAGUCAUAAAGUUGAUACAUGUAUGAUUACCAAACGGAUUAUGCAAGAACUGUUUAGGUAUAUAUAUGUAUUGUAGUGUAACCUAAUUAGCAAAAAAGUAUUCGCAGAAACUAACUCAGUUGUACAAAAUUAUGUGCAGUACUAUUGAACUUGGGUUUCUCUUGAUUGGUUGUGUAUCUGAACUGAAGCCUUACAAGGGGUUCAAUUGUACACAACUUGGUUUUAUCUUGAUAGUCACAGACAUUACUUAUGUAUGUGUUAACUUAAUAUUUAAGCACAAAAUUUGGUCAUAAAAAUGUUCAUGUUUGAAUUUGCUUCAAAGUGAUUUCACUUACUAAUUCAACAACUUGAAGUGUGUCCAGUAUUAGUCUGCUUAUUAUGUGCGCUUGUAGUGCUAGGAAAAUAUAGGGAUGUGUGUUGUGCGAUGUUCAUAGAGAAAAGUUAUUUGAUAGAUUUUUCAUAAGUUUAUUGAUACGUUUGCAAGUUAUUGAACAUUAUCUUAGGGAUACUGUGAUUGCUAAGACAUUGUUCCAAAUGCUCAAGACUCCUGUUUUUUUUUUGCAGUAUUUAUGGUCAUGUGAAAGAAUUUUCCUUUAAAAAAGGCUAAGGGAAUCUUUCUAAGAAAAGUACAGUAGUAAUGGAAAGCUAAAAUAAGUUAUAGUUGAAUACUGUAGAAUUAAAGUUGUAUAUUAUGUAGUAUUGCUAGCGCAAUGAUCCAAGUGGCUUUGAUCUCAUAUUUUAAUGUGUUGCUAUACUCCAUGCUGUAAUUAGUGGGAGUGAAAAUAUUUUAUUAUAUGGUUUUAACUCAUCCUAAGCUUUGAAUAACUUGGGUAUUGUGGACUGACUUGAAGUUGUGAGAUGAGAAAGGUUACUGGGUGGAGGUUGUGAAGGUGAAGAGUAUUGUGAGCCUGAAUAGUGCAUCACCUCUGAAAUUGUGUGAGUGCUUUUUAAAACCUCACAAAAAUCACAUAUACGUACGUAUCAAGAUUGUCCAUUGCUCAAACUGACCAGGUGAUUCACAGUUCAACUAUCUUCAACAGUUUAUUCAAGCAUGGAAAUCAUUUACAUUUUAAGAACACUACUGCACUUCAUUUAUAAUUGGUCACCUAAUUGAAAACAUUAAUAUUUCUUGUAGCUUUGUUAAUACUGCAGUUUUUUUAUAAGUGCCAGGUAUCUCUGUGACUCUCUUUACUACCUUCCAUUUUCAUAAAUUUUACUUUUAAUUGCUUGUCAAAGAGUUGGAGGGAGCGGCAUUAGGAUACAGAAGAAAAGAAAAUCCCUCUCAAAGGUCAUCCAUGGAAGGUGGGUGACACACUGGCAGAAAUAAAUAACCUAUGGAAAUUACUGUUCUACUUCUUUGUCUUUUUGGGUUGAAAUGAUAGGAAAACAAACCUGUACUACAUAUUUUUUCAAAAUCCAGGUCUUUAGGUAAACUGUUUUUGUGGGCUCUCUCUCUCUCUUCAAAAGGAUAUCUGCUCCGUCUGAGUACUAUUUAGUCACCUGAAUUACUUCCUCCAGGGAGAAUAGCAGCAACUUGAUUACUUGACUUUGAAAAGUCUUUGUUAUAAUCCAUCAUAUCUGAAUUCUUUAUCUAGAAAACUUACCUAUGUUUAAUUCAAAUUAAAUUUUGGAGAAGUAUUCACCUGGACAUUUUUUUUCCAAAAUAUUUGUCAUUUGCAGUGUAGCCACUUACUUGAAUACUAUUGUGAAUCACUGCACUUGCCUUGAUUAUAUAAAACCAUCCAUAUCUGGAAUAUUCAGCUGCCUUUAAGAUAUUAUGUAAUUAUCCUGGACCUCAUGCCACAUAUCUAAUAGUAUUUUAAUUUUCUACCAAUUUACCUCUUAUUUGCUGAAGCCUUUACAAAUAGUAUAUUCCAAAACUUUUACUUUUUUCUUGAGGAUCAUUCCAGUUUUGAACCAGUUGACUUUGGCCACAUAUUUUCAUCAUCAUCUUUUCUGUAACUUCUGCUGCUGUUGUUGAUCUUAUUUUAUCUACUGUACACUAUAUUUAAUACUGAGACUGAGUAUUAAGGAAGUACAGCACUGUGUAUUGUAGACAAAAGUUUACAGCUGUAAGAAAACAUUUGUGCAUAUUAUAUCAAAACAAGGAAGCACACUAUGCUAUACUGUAUUCCUUCAUCCCAAAUUUUUUCUUAAUUGUAAAAAAACUGCAGAUUGUCGCACCAGGAUGUUUGUAUGUUAAAAAGGUUUUAUAGUUGAAGAAUGCUUAUAUUUAUUAAAAUAACAAUGUGGCCUCUGUGUUGAGGGAACUUACAUUGGUAUUGAAAGAUUUUUGUUUAUAGAGUUUUUGCAUUUAUUUUAUUGUAUUUACUGUAACAUGUUAUUCAUUGCUAAGGCUUAUGGGUUCCACCUACUGUAAUUUAUGUUUGACUUAAAAGGUAGUUAUAUGGACUACCAUAUAUCAAAUUAUUAAUGAAUCAUAUUUUUUUAUGUAGUAUUUCCCAGUAUGAAUAGCAUCUGUUUGCUCCACUGUUGAAGCAAUGACAAUAACUAAUACAUUCUUGAUUAAUUUCACUAUUUUUAAAAAAUAUGACUCUUUACAUCUGUUGAGAUAUUUUUACGUACAAUACUUGAAUUUGGGAUUCAUUAAUUAAUAGAAAGUAAUUUAUAGUUGUCCAUCUAGCUCUUACUAACAAAAUAUUACCAGAGAACUCUUAUAUACCAUAUGUUUCUAAACUAACUAGCUAUGAACUAACUGGUGGAGAUCAUGAUACAGGUAGAUUUGUUGACAAACAUGGCUGCAUCAGCAAUAACUUACAGUAUUCAUUAAGUCUGUAGCAUCCUCAUUACUACUCUGAUGUUUCAUCCAAAACCUAACCCAGUCAAUUACGUUGCUCCAACAUUUCAAUUUCAGUGAUUUUCAACUCUUCAUUUUAGUAUCGUGCAAUUUUUUAUGUCACAAUACUGAAGUAUUCUGCUUUUAAGUAAAAGAAACAUAAGUUUCUGGGAUGCAUAAUAACUUUACAAACUCAAAUAUUUAUGUUAUAGUGCCUUUGUUUUACUCAUUAUUAGUACAUGUCUGUUCAUAUUGCUGUAGGGGAAGUACCUACUGAAAUAUAACUUCCCUUAAAUCAAAUGUCAUUUUAAAGUUUAAUGCAUACUGUAUUACUGGUAGUACUUUUUAAUUCUACU